AUGGCUGAUCUUCACACACCUGACAUCUACGACGUCCUGAUCGUCGGGGCCGGACCCUGCGGUCUGGCAGUGGCCUCACGUCUUUGCGAGCAUUCGCCUUCCGCUCUUUUCACCGAUGACGAGCAUCAGAGGUACCACUGGGUCAAGAAGCAUGGUCGACGCAUGGCUCUCAAGAACAGGCGGAAUGGACGUGUUUCCCAAAAGGCCAUGGCUCAUGACAAGGAGCCGCCCAAAUACUCAACCCUGGUCCUGGACGGCACUGGCGAUGAAUUCAUGAACCGCUGGAAGACACUGUUCACAGCUUUCGACAUCCACCACCUGCGUAGCCCCAUGUUCUGGCAUGUUGAUCCCAGUGACCGAGAUGCCUUGCUCGCCAUGGCCCAUAAUGAAGGUCGAGAGAACGAGCUGUUCGAGCUCAAGAACUGUGUCGGCAAGGAAGUGAGCAAACAUCUCAGAAGAUCACGGGCCAAGUGUCGCAACCCAUUACACCAUGCCGUGGUCGACGUUGACGAGCGAGAUCGCAAAGAUUACUUUACUCCACCCACGUCGCUCUUCUUACAACACUGCCACAGUAUUGCUGACCGAUACGGUUGCGGCCAUGUCGUGCGGAAAGAAAUGGUGCAGCACGUCGACUACCCUACAGCCCAUAUCAGCUCCCCAGACGAGAAGCUGUUCACUGUACGAUCAGACAAGGGAACACAUUACGCUCGAGCUGUCGUCCUUGCCGUCGGCCCGGCCAACAAGCCUGUCAUCCCCAACAUUGCUGGACUCAGCAGCCUUGGUCCCGACAAGGGAUCCGAGCCACCCCACGUCUGCCACGCCAUGAAGAUCAAGGAGUUCCCUGCUACCGUCGUCCAGAACCGCAUAGCUGCCCGCAAGCCCACCAAUGUCCUCGUCGUCGGUGGCGGUCUCACGUCCGCCCAGCUCACCGAUCUCGCCAUCCGCCGCGGCGUCACAAAGGUGUGGCACCUCAUGCGCGGUCCUUGCAAGGUCAAGCUCUUCGACGUCGACCUCUCGUGGAUGGGCAAGUUCCGCAACGUCGAGCAGGCCUACUUCUGGGGCGCCGAUUCGGACGCCGAGCGCCUCCAGCACAUCCGCGCGGCACGCAACGGCGGCAGCAUCACGCCGACGUACCACAAGAAACUCAAACACCACGUGGCCGCCGGCCGCGUCGAGCUGCGCUGCGACACGAGCAUCAGCGGCGCCACCUUUGACGCGCACAGGGGCAUGUGGUCCAUCGAGACGACGCCCCCCGUGCAGGCCAUGCCGGACUUUGACUACAUCUACUUUGCCACGGGCAUCGAGACCAACUUUUUUGACCUGCCGUAUCUGCAGGACAUGCUGGCGAAGCACCCGAUCGAGGGCCACGGAGGUCUGCCGUCGAUCAACGAGGACCUCAAGUGGGCAGACGACAUUCCGUUCUUUGUCACGGGCCGCCUCGCGGGCCUCCAGCUGGGGCCGGCAGGGGGCAACCUCGGCGGCGCAAGGGUGGGCGCCGAGCGGAUCGCGUGGGCCAUUGAGGAUAUCCUGCCGGGCAAGUCGGCCCAGGGAGACGGCGAGGAGUUCGACGACGAGCUGCACUAUGUGACGGCCAGGGGCAACAGGUUCCGCAGUCUCCCCGUCGCGGGAGAGGACGAGUGA